AUGGAGUCGUUAGCCAACUCUGAGUCCUACGGGUUUCGUCCCCGCCGUUCUCACACGUCAUUGCAGCACAUUUCUAUGGCACCAUUAAGCUCCCGAUUGCCUCUUGACUAUGAUGCCGAGGAUGAAAACUACGAUCUCUCCAUCGACCAAGAUAGAGCUGGAAUAGGUCCUGAGCAGAGUACAUACCAACCUUCUAAUAUGACCAGCUCAUAUCUCUCCAGUAUAUCUGUGCCUGCAACCCCAUCACUGCUAUCUCAAUCUCGAAAUGUGUCCCAGACGAAUCUUGCGAGAAAGAAGAAGGACGCUCAAAGGGCGCUGAUGAGCGAAUCACGUUUAUAUGCCCUUGAUGUUGCAGGACCGCUACACCAUCAGCAACUACGACAUCACAAACGAUCUAAAAGCUAUAAUCCGAGAAGCAGAAAGGUAGGGUCUAGCGGAACAUCUACACCACGAAUGCCAGACGAUGAAUGGAUACUACGGACCGGUUUGGCGCUGGCGUCAUCAACCCGUGAAGAAAAGGGCCAGUCAUGGUUAGUCAAACGGGAAAGCUCCACCAGCCUCGUUUCACAUAACGAAGAUGGACAGAAACCCCAUAGUCGCGGGAGACAAGAAUUUCAAGGUCGUCGGUCAGGAAUAUCGACUCCUCUGGCCCGAUCAAGGAGGGGUUCCCAUUCCCAUGCAACAAGCAAACGCUCCAGUCGAGUUGACCUUGUUAUGACACCAUCUCACCACCCUACAGGACAAUCUCUCCAGUCUGGUGCUGUUACCCCGCGGUCAAGAGACAUUCCUGGGCUAGUUCCUGAUUUUCUGGAUGAGUCAAUUCGAGAAGAACUAGCUGCUUUGCAGACUCGUUUGCCCGAAGCUGGAAAUACUGCAAGCCGUGAAAGUGGACAAAGUAGCACACUACCCAUGGCAUAUCAGGAAUACUAUGAUUCCGACUCAAGCGAAGAAGAUUCUGAUGAUGAAGAGUUUAGUGAAGUCGAGGUGCAUCGUCUCACUCGGGAACGUGGCCUUGGCCUAGGCUCAUGGAUAGAUAGAUUGGUUGAAUGGACCGUAUUUGGUUCCGAGGACGAAUCAGUUCAGCCACCUAUCGCGAACAGUACUUACCGACCUGGACAGAGAGCACAUUUCUAUACUGAUGGCAACGCACAAGGAGCGACUGAGCUAGGCUCUACAGAUCAGUUAGAAACUUUAUCUGACUCUGGAACCGAAAGAAACUACGGCUCCGAUACCGAUACGGAAAUAUUAUCAACAUCCAUGAAGAUUGCCCCUGCAGAUGUAGAGGGGGGGUGGACAAACGACGUAAGAUGGUUGUUACGUGCUGCUGGUAAUGCAGUAUUAUAA